CCAACAAUUAUUUGACUAUUAUGUGUAAAACACAAUGGAGCCUGCUUCAAAAGACUCACAAUCUAGUAGGUGUCCUGGAGACCUAUAACACAAACUUAAAGUGUAAAUGCAUCCGAGAGACCUUCAACUUUGUCUCCAUUUUGCACAUUGGAAAGCUUCAAAUCUUGCCCCCUGGGAAUGGAUGCCCAAACACAGAAAUCAUAGCCUGGAUGAAGAAUAAGUCAGUUAUCUGCUUGAACCCUGGAGCCAAAUGGACACAAAAACUAAUGAGAGUGUCAAGAAAAAGUGCUUUUUCAACUUCACCAGCUCCAGUGUUUAAGAAAAUGAUUGCCUGAUGCCAAUAUUACCACCAAGAACACCUGCAUUCCCCUUCAUUCGUGCCCUCAGUUUUAGUUUUGUGUUUGGUUGGAUGUUAUCCAGGAAAAAGAUCUUCCCCAUCUGCUCAAGCAUGAGAAUAUAUAUAUAUACAAAUAACCUUGCAGAAGCUGAUGGGGCAAACUUGAGAUUUUUUUGAUUACAGUACCCUACAAACUUAGAGUUUGCAUUCUUAGUCAUCAAGGAGGAAACUUUCUUGAAGGAUAGUUACUGAGUUAUAAAUGAUAUAGGUUUCUUUCAAAACUAUACCUGUUGUUGAAUGCUGAAUUUCCCUACAAAAUAAGGGAAUGAGAAUUUAAAACUCAAUUCUGAACAUGUGGCUUGAAUUAAGGAGGAAAUGAUGGAAUGCAUUUCAAUCAUUUUACACCCUAGGAAUAGCAAGCUUCCAUAAGAGAUUUUAAAAGCUGCCUGGGAAACCCAUGGAAUUUCAGCCUUCCAAGAGACAGAGGGUUCACAUAAUAGAUAUCCUUCAUUUAAAAGCUCACUAUUGAGAGGAAUGAGGUCCUUCUACUUUUAAGGAGUUCCUUUAUAAGAUUUAUUGUCACAGAUAAAAGCUAAUAACAUUCAAAGAUCCCCAGACUUAAAUUCAUAGAAUAUUCAGGAAAAGGAUUUAAAGGGUGAUAACUUAGAUGUAUUCUUUUAUACAUUGGCUUUGAUGAACUGUUUUUUAACUCACAUCUUUU